AUGAACGGCGACUCCCAGUCGCAGUCGCAGUCGCAUUCACAGCCCUCCGUCUCUGCUCGCCGCUUCCUGCGCCCCAAGCUCCGUCAAGCCACCUUGAUCCUGCCCAAGACCGGCGAGCGCGUCCGCCGCACCUUCACCCUCCGUUCCCCGGACCCCGAGUCCGCCGACGAUGCCAAUGACACCACCCCGUUGCUCGGCGGCAAUGCUGCCGCGCGUGCGAGACACCAGGGCCCCGUGGCCAGGACGCUGGGGAAGGCUCGCAAUGGGUCCAAGAAGGCGUACAGCUUCGUAACCUCGCCCCUGGGCAUCAAUUUGCUGAAAUGCUCCAUCGCCUACGUGCUGGGGAGCUUGGCCACCUUCGUCCCCGUCCUGUCCAACUUCCUGGGCCGCAAUGACGGCAAGCACAUGGUCGCUACCAUCACCGUCUACUUCCACCCGGCUCGCUCUGCCGGCAGCAUGAUCGAGGCUUUCCUGCUAGCAAUCAUGGCCUUUCUCUAUGCCACGGCCAUAUCCUUCGCCAGCAUGGGUGUUUCCAUGGCCUUUGCCGAAGCCCACUUGCUUGUCAUCGGCCAUGCCAUCGUGCUUAUCAUCUUCUGCGGUGGUGGCUUGGGCCUUAUUGGUUGGGUCAAGCAGAGACUGGGAAACCCAUUGGUCAACGUGGCUUGUUCCCUAGCCUCGCUCGCCCUCAUCACCGUUCUCACCAAGGAAGGUGCCGUGCAGGCCGCGACGUUCUCGUACAACAAGAUUGUCCAGGUCUUGAAGAUGGUCUUCAUGGGAAUCACAGCGACCACUGCCGUCAGCUUGAUCAUCAAUCCCGUGUCUGCCAGGAACAAUUUACGGAACGAUAUGCGUAAGGCAACCGAUGUCCUUAGCGACAUGCUCACUACCAUCACACACAGCUUCUUACUUGGUGCUGAGGAGGAGCUGAAGCAACCCGAGUAUAUCCAGGCCUUGAGCAAAUUCAAAUCCACAUUCAGCUCAAUGACCAAAAAUCUUGGGGAGGCCAAAAUGGAGCACUACGUCCUGGGCACUGAGAAUCAAUACCACACCGAGACUCGCCUGGUCAAGUGUAUGGAACGGCUUGCUCGGAAUAUUGGAGGCCUCCGUGGGGCCGCACUUACCCAAUUUUCUCUGAUCUCGAAGCCGCUAGGCGACGGCACAUCUCCUAGCAUGACCAGGAAUAACUCCAUCGAGGCUUUGUCGCGUGUCAACUCUGGCGACUUCGCGUCGUAUUUCAACAGGCAGCCUAGCCAUUCCAACCUGAGCAGUGUCUCUGCCAGUGGCCUCGCAGCCAUUGAAGAGGCAGGCGAAGAGAAUAGUGACGCAGGCAGCCGUGCGCUUUCCCCCACGACAACUCCAGGUGCCAUCAGCGCGAUUGCCACUGCAGAAACGCCCGCAGACAUCUUCACCAUGUUCAUUUCUUAUCUCGGACCCUCUCUGAAGUCUCUAGCUUUCACUUUGAAAGAAGUGCUUGACGAACUGCCUUAUGGCCCUGCUCCAGACUAUACUAUCGCGGUCAACAGCAACUUCCGCAGUAGUCUGGUGCAAGCCAGAGACCUCUUUGUCAAGGCGAGAACAGAAGCACUUGAUGCCGUGUACGACAACCGCGGCUUGAGCAAGUCCAAGCCGAUCGAGGUCCUUGCCGACUAUGAGGAAGUUGCUGCUAGCUGUGGUUAUUUCAGCUCUGCUCUGCAGGAUUGUGCUGAAGAAAUGGUAGUGUACCUGGAUGUUCUGGAAGAGCUGAAACAGGACGUCGAGCGCAGUCCCCGAAAGCGAACCUGGAACUGGCUCAAAUUCUGGUGCAUGCAAAAGAUUAGCGGUAGUGACGAGAGCAGGCCUGACACGCCCGAUUUCAAGAAUCAGAACAACGCAGGAGGCCUAUCUCAAGACGUUCAGAUAUCCAGGCGCCCGAGUCACCCCGCUCAAGCUGCCAAGAUGCCUCGCAGAAAAGCUCGUUUGCUAUAUCGUAUCUAUCGCUCUUCUGCUUUCCUUAGACGGGAAGAUAUCAAGUACGCCAUCAAAGUUGCUAUUGGAGCCAUACUAUACGCCAUGUGGUCCUUCAUCCCCGAAACGCGGCCAACCUACAGCCACUGGCGCGGUGAGUGGGGUCUGCUGUCCUACAUGCUGGUGUGCUCCAUGACAAUUGGAGCGUCGAAUACAACCGGUUACCAGCGUUUUUCAGGUACUUGCCUUGGCGCUGUGUUCGCCAUUGUUUCUUGGCUCGCGGCUCAGGAGAACCCGUUCGUCCUGGGAUUCUUUGGCUGGGCAGUCUCACUUCUUUGCUUUUACAUCAUCGUUGGAAAAGGGAAGGGUCCCAUGGGUCGUUUCAUUCUCCUGACGUACAACCUGUCUGCACUUUACGCCUACUCCCUGUCCGUCAAAGACGAUGAAGACGACGACGAUGAGGGUGGGGCAAGUCCGGAGAUUUUUGAGAUUGCAAAGCACCGUGUCGUCGCUGUCAUGGUGGGAUGUCUCUGGGGUAUCGUCAUCACCCGGCUCGUUUGGCCUAUUAGUGCUAGGCAGAAGAUCAAGGACGGGAUCUGUGUUCUCUGGCUACGCAUGGCGUUGAUCUGGAAGCGAGACCCUUUGUCGAUGCUCCUUGAUGGUGUUUCUGCCUCCUCUCUUGCCGACAUCAGGGAGUCGAUCAAGCUCCAGCGUUUCUUGAACCAUUUGGAGGCUCUUCGCAAGGCGGCAGCCUCGGAGUUUGAGAUGAGCGGUCCGUUCCCAAGCAAGGUGUAUGGCAACCUUUUCCAGACGACUGGACGGAUAUUGGAUGCGUUCCACGCGGUGAACGUGGUCAUCUCUAAGGAUCUUAAAGCAUCUCCGGGCGAGCAGGCGCUGCUUAGGUACACGAGGGAUGAGCGCACCCAGCUGUCGUCGCGUAUCAGCCAUUUGUUCUCAGUCAUGGCUUCGUCCAUGAAGCUGGAAUACCCGUUGAACGAUGCUCUGCCGAACAUAGAGCACACGCGCGAUCGCUUGCUAGCUAGGAUAUUCGACUUCCGAAAGAACGGAGACCCGGAUGACAUUGCAACGGAUGAUGACUACGAGCUGCUCUACGCGUACGCGCUGGUUACCGGACAAAUCGCAGACGAUAUUGCGUCUUUGGGACAAGACAUCGAGCAGCUGUACGGGGUGCUGAACGAAGAGAAUCUCAAACUUCAUCAUCGACAGCUGCUCCCACUUGAAGCUUCCAACGUCUACUUGCUUUCUGGACUGUUCAAAGCCAUGUCUUCUGCUUCUUCUCCUUCCUUCGAUCCCACCAAGAUCCGCGCCCUGCUCUUCGACGUCUUCGGCACGUGCGUCGACUGGCGCUCGACGGUGACGACGGCGCUGCACGACCAGGCGCGUACCACGCUCAGCGACCCCACCGCCUCGCUCGCCACGGCGGUCCGCCUGCGCGCGACGGACCUCACGUGGGACGACUGGGCCCGCUUCGCACAAGAGUGGCGCAACGAGUACAAGACGUUCGUGCGCGGCGCCGCGAAGGCGCUCGAAGAGUCUGAGAAGCAGGAGCAGGAGAAGAAGGCGAAGAGCAGUCGAUCCGGAGAGGAGGAGGAGGGGGAGGCGGCGGCAGCAGCAGCAGCAGCGUCAAGAACAGGCCUCCCCUCGUUCAAGACGGUCGACCAACACCACCUCGACUCCCUCACCGACCUGCUCGACCGCUGGCACCUCGCCGGCCUCUGGACGCCCCACCAGGUCCGCCGCCUCAGCCUCGCGUGGCACUACCUCGCGCCCUGGCCCGACGCCCCCACCGGCAUCCAGGCGCUAAACGCCAUCCCCGUCCCCGUGGCUACCGGCGGCAGCAGUACGAACCUCAUCACCGCGACCCUGAGCAACGGCAACGCCGCCCUGCUCGCCGACCUCGCCCGCCACGCCCGCCUGCCCUUCACCCACGUCUUCAGCGCCCACGACGACUUCGCCGCGUACAAGCCGCACCCGCGCACGUACCUGGGCGCGGCCGCCCGGUUGGGGCUACGGCCGGACGAGGUGGCGGAGGUGUUUGGUGGUGGUGGUGGUGGUGGUGGUGGUGGUGCCGCUGCUGCCGCUGCUGCUGGGGAAGGGAGGGGUGGGGAGUGA